CUCGUUUCAGUCCAAAUCGCGACAGCACUUCAGCUUUUAUACAUGGUAUCUGGACCAGCGUAUAGUCGCAAACAACCUCCACACAAACAUGCCGCCUUCAUAACCAACUCCAUCCAACAAUUAAAAGUUCCUUCCUCCACAAACCACCACUGCAGCCGUGACAAUGGCCCCCAUAAGACGCUACCUCCGCAUAACCAAAUUCUCCGUCCUCGAAGUCCGAAUCUACCUGCGAAAAUCCUCUGACGCCUCCUGGCUCCUCUCCUCCCGCGACAACGUCCUCUCCCGCAUCAUAACCUCCAUCCGACCCAAAGUCCUACCCAAACUCCGCGAAGAGAACGAGAAUGCAAGACAGAAUAAAGGAAAAGGCAAGAAGAAACGAGGGAUUAAGGAUGUGGUGAGCGAGGAAGAUUUUGAGGUUGCGAUUUUUUUGAAGGAGACGAAGAGUAAGCAUAGUUUGUUGACGAAGAGGAAGGAGUUUGGGGAUCAGAGGGAGGGGAGGUUGAGGAGUAAUGGGAAGGGGUUGACGGGGUGGUUGGGUGGGGGUGCUGGUGGUGGGGAGAAGAGGGAGGAUGCGAUUGAUUUGGAGAGGGAGGGGGAAGGAGGGGGUUUGGCUGUGAGGAGGGAGGAGGAUGAAGAUGAUGUGGUGGUGUUGGAUGAUAUACCCGAAUUUGGGAAGGAGGGUGGUAGGAAUGGGAAGAAGAGAAAGAGCGUUGCGGGUGAUGAAGAAGAUGGAGAGGACGAAGACGCAGCGCUAUUCGUCUCGUCAAGUGACGAGGAAUUCUUUGCUACGCAGCGGGCGCAACCAAGAAAGAAGCGAAGACGGCGGGAGCAAGAGCAGACAGAAGAGGACGAAGAAGCUGACGAUGCGCCAGCAAUAGGCGAAGGCGAUGAUAAGAAGAAACUUGCACUGGACACGAAUUACGAUGGAUUCACAAUCUACGGACGAAUUCUCUGUCUAAUCGUCACAAGAAAAGGCAAAGAACAGCCCAGAGCCCAAGCGCUCGAACAAGCAGCGCCGGUCGGAGGAAGCCAAAUGAUGGAGAAAUUUAUCGCUACUCAAGUCGCGAGAGAAGAGGGCUUGAGUGAUGUAGAAGAUGAUUGAAAAAUUCCUCCUGGAAGCUUGCUUCUCAUUCCAAGCCAUACCACGAUGGCUCGAGGUAUUCGAACGGAAUGGCGUCGUCUUGUGCCGAAUUUUGGAGUUCAUCAUCAGUAUCCAGUGAAAUCCGAACACCUUGUCCCAGAUCUCCGGUGGAAUGACUCGUCCGAAGCGCUUUCUCGAAUGCUUCGAUCGAGCCUGUCUCAGCACCGUAGCCCCCUUCGACGGCAGACUUCCUCCCCAAAAAGCGGAGACCCCGAGUCUUCGCUCAACCCAACAUUCCUCCUUCAGCGGCC